UUUCUGGGACUCAAUCAGGCGCGCCACACAUCAUUCCCAAGGGGCCUCUUGCUUAUCGGCUCAAGGUUCACCCUGGCUGCGAGACUGAUCCUAGAGCCCGCGGGCGGCUGCUGCUGGGACCAGCCGGUGCGCAUCGCCGUGCGCGGCCUGGUCCCGGAGCAGCCCGUCACGCUGCGCGCGUCCCUGCGCGACGAGAAGGGCGUGCUCUUCCGAGCCCACGCGCGCUACCGCGCGGACGCCGGGGGCGAGCUGGACCUGGCGCGCGCACCCGCGCUGGGCGGCAGCUUCGCCGGCCUGGAGCCCAUGGGGCUGAUCUGGGCCAUGGAGCCUGACAAGCCGUACUGGCGCCUGCUGAAGCGGGACGUGCAGACGCCCUUCGUGGUGGAGCUGGAGGUGCUGGACGGCCACGAGCCCGACUGCGGGCGUCUGCUGGCCCGGGCGCUGCACGAGCGCCACUUCAUGCGGCCUGGGGUGCGGCGGGUGCCGGUGCGCGAAGGUCGGGUGCGCGCCACGCUCUUCCUUCCACCCGGACCUGGUCCCUUUCCGGGGAUCAUUGACAUCUACGGAGUUGGAGGGGGCCUGUUGGAAUAUCGAGCCAGCCUUCUGGCUGGCCAUGACUUUGCCACAUUGGCUCUAGCUUUUUAUGGCUUUGAAGAUCUCCCCAAGGAUUGCAGCGACAUACACCUGGACUACUUUGAAGAAGCUGUGUGCUAUAUGCUUCAACAUCCCCAGGUAAAGGGCCCAGGCAUUGGGCUUCUGGGCAUUUCUCUAGGAGCUGACAUUUGUCUCUCAAUGGCCUCAUUCUUGAAGAAUGUCUCAGCCACGGUAUCUAUCAAUGGAUCUGGGAGCAGCGGAAACACAACCAUACACUACAAACAGAUUAGCAUCCCACCACUGGGCCUUGACCUGAGGCGAAUCAAGGUUACUUUCUCAGGCAUUCUGGACAUUGUAGAUAUACGGAAUGAUUUUGGGGUAGAGUCUGAGAACCCCAGUAUGAUUCCAAUAGAGAGGGCGCAAGGGCCCAUUCUUUUCAUUGCUGGUCAGGAUGACCAUAACUGGAGGAGUGACUUAAAUGUGCAAAUGGCCUCUGAAUGGUUACAGGCCCAUGGAAAGAAAAAACACCAGAUCAUCCUUUACCCUGGGACUGGGCACUACAUCGAACCUCCUUAUUUCCCCUUGUGCCCAGCUUCUACGCACAACUUGUUGAACAAAGUUGUGCUCUGGGGUGGGGAGCCCAGAGCUCAUUCUAAGGCCCAGGUGGAUGCAUGGAAGCAAAUUCUAUCCUUCUUCUGCCAACAUCUUGGAGGCACCCACAAGAGUGUGUCCCCCAAGUUGUAAUGCAUCUGUCUGUUAUUGAGAGGGGAGAUUUGAGAUCACAUUCUAGUGUUUAGUGAUUAUGUGAAUUCCCCUGGAUAGCAUUAAAUGCCUAUUUGCCAUUUAUGGUAUAUUUCAUGUCAUUUUAUUGAAUAUCCUUUUUUGGCAACACAGUACUUUGCUAAUGUGACACAUGCAUGUGGUAGAAGAUUCAGAUAUAUGCCACACAAGUGCCCCCUCUGUUAAAAUUUGUUUUCUUCUAGGUUUUUUAAUUUUUUAAGUCUUUUGUUAACAAUUUGUAGUAGAUGACUUUUGAAAAUGGGAGAAUUUUUCCAUCACUGUGAGAAAAUGGUCCAAUAUUACAACCAUUAGUAGCAGAAUAGAAUCUUUACUGACAAUAGCAUACAGAAGGAAAACCAGCUCUUUUAUUAUAGAAGUAAGAGGGGAAUCCUUCAGGGGAAGGAUUGGGAACAUCUUUUUCUUUUUUGGGGGGUGCUGGGGAUUGAACCCAGGACCUUGUGCUUGUGAGGCAAGCACUCUACCAACUGAGCUAUCUCCCCAGUCCCCCCUGGGAGCAUCUUUCUGUAGAAUAAUUAAGUGUAAACUGUGUACCAUGGGUAACUGGACUAUGAUCUCUUUUCCAUCUUAUUUGCAGGUUCUAGGGUUGAUGUGGGAAAAUUAUAGUGGAAUUACUUUAGAGGAAUAAUUCCUUACUUCCCUUUACUUCAGCAUUGCAGAGUAUUGUGCAAGUAUAUUUGAAAAGACGGUGGCUGCUGAGGCUGGGGGGUUGGUACAGACAGUAGAGUUAAAAGAACCUAGCACAUAAUCUGUUCCCAAAAGUCAGAAUUAAUUAUUCAGAAGCAAACAGAUAAUCCUAGAGGAUUUUAUAGUUUAAAACACAAAAACUGAAAGUCACAGGUAAUACUCUUCAUUUCUUGUGUAUUUUCAACCCUUCCAUCAAGAAGUCAAACCCUUUGCUUAUUUGUUAACAUUUUAUUUCUUGUUGACUAGAAACUAUAAAAUAAAGAGGGAAAUAAAAACCUAAAGAUCUGAAAAAUCAAGAAACAAGCACAUCUGUCUCUGAACAAUAGAUUGAAUCUUCUAUAGAAAAAUGUAGAGGAAAAUUUUCUUCUCUUGGGUACUGGGAAUUGAACUCAGGGGGUGCUCUACCACUGAGCAAUAUCCCCAGUGCUUUUUAUUUUUUAUUUUGAGAAAGGGUCUCACUACAUCGUUGAGGGGCUCUUGCUAAUGUUGCUGAGGCUGGCCUUGAAUUGGCUAUCCUCCUGCCUCAGCCUACCAAGUCACUGGGAUUUAUUUUUUAAAAAAGACAAUUUUCCAAAAUUGAUGUCCAAGAUAUCAAGCUUCAUAUUCAAAAGGUUCUGUAACCCUGUUCAGAAUAAAUACCAAAAAAUUAUCUUAAACAUAUCAUAGUAAAACCAUUUAUGGCAGUUUUAUGACAUAGCUGUAAAUUAUUUGCCAUUCUCCCACUAAGAGUGGGACCUAUGUCCCUUCCCUUCAAAUCCACACGGGCUUGUCACUGGGACAAUCAGUAGAGCAGAAGUGGUGCUGUGUGCCUUCAGAGUUCACCUGGUUUGCUGGGAACAGGCCUUCACAGUCCUGAGCCACCUCUUCUGAAGUAUGACUACCUUCAGGCUUCGGUGCUGUAGGGAGCCCAAGACACAGGAAAGACCAAUUGCUGGGACACCUAUGUCACUGACAAGUGAGGUGAGACUGAAUCAUGUCUGCCCAGGUGCCAUAUAAUCCGAAAUAAAACUCAUAUGAUGCCAGAUUCAGACAUUUGAGUCUUCCUAGCAAAUGUCUCAAACACCCUGGAGCAGAGAAGAGCUGUCCUGAUCAAA